AAAAAAAAAAAAAAAAAAAACUUGAUUGAAGAAGGCCUCAAUGAGAAGGUGACGUUUGAGUCAAGACUUGAAGAGGGGCACUAGGCCUCACCGCCUGCCGCGCUCUGCUCACCGCCCCGCGUCCCAGCUUGCCCAGGAUCCGCGCCGCGCCUCACAGCCCAGACUUCAACAGACCUCACCAAAAUGCCAUCUCAAAUGGAACAUACCAUGGAAACCAUGAUGUUUACAUUUCACAGAUUUGCUGGGGAUAAAGGCUACUUAACAAAGGAUGACCUGAGAGUCCUCAUGGAAAACGAGUUCCCUAGAUUUUUGGAAAAUCAGAAAGACCCUCUGGGCUUGGACAAAAUAAUGAAGGACCUGGACCAGUGCCAAGACGGCAAAGUGGGCUUCCAGAGCUUCUUUUCCCUAAUUGCAGACUCACCAUUGCUUUGCAAUGACUAUUUUGACUACACAUGAAGCAGAAGGGAAAGAAGUAGGCAGAACUGAGCAAUUACUCUACCCUGAUAAGAGUUCUCUCAAAGGAUUGCUUAAGAACUCUGACCCACAGCUUCUCCCUGUGUAAGGAUCUCAUGAGCAGAUCAGGACCCUUAGAAAAUGUACAAAUAAAAUCCACUUCUGAGCAGAGAAAGAAAAGUUAAUUAAAUACCAGAUAAGCUUUUGAUUUUUAUAUUGUUUGCAUCCUCUUGCCCUCAAUAAACAAAGUCGUUUUAUAGUCCCCCCCCCCAAAAAAAAAAGACUUGAAGAGGUGAGGGACUGAGCCAUGAGGAUACCUGGAAAAGAGCCUUCCUGGCUAAGUGAACGGCACGUGCAAAGGCCCUGAGGAAGAAAUGUGCCUGUUGUGUUCAAGGAUCGGCAAAGAGACCCGUGUGGCUGGAGCUGAGGGAAUGAUGGGGAGAAGAGUGGGAGAAGAGUUAAAGGGUAAUAAUGGUGAGGAGAUGUACGUCAUACAGUGCUUGUGGCCCAUGAGGCCAUGGUAGGGACUUUCGAGUUUCCUCCGAGUGAGACAGGAAGCUGUUGGAAGAUUUUGAGCAGAGGGGUACUACUGUCUGACUUAGACUGUAAUAGUAUCAUCCUGGCUGUUGCUGAAUUUGGUUGUUAGGGGAACAGCAGGUUGGUGGCAUUCUCAAUGGGAGGUCAUGGUGGCCCAGGGCCAGAGGGUAGUGAUAGAACUGGGAGAAGCUGCUCGUGGAUUCUGAAUUCAUUUUGAAAGUAGACCCAAUAGGAUUUGCUGAUAGCCUAGAUGGGGGGUAUGAGAGAGAUUAUGUUGUUAAGAAAGACUCUGAGGUUGUUAACCUGACAACCUGUUUAAGAUGGUGUUGGCAGUAACUAGAUGAUGAAGACAGCAGAAUGGGACAGUAGGGAGGGGAAGGAAGCCGGAGAUCUGUUUUUAUCAUGUUAGGUUUGAGCUGCCUCCUAGUCCUAUAGACAUUCAGGUGGGAAUGUCAGAUAGAUGGUUUGGAUAUAUGCGCCCAGAGUUCAGGGGAGAGGUUGGGCCUAGGGAUGCAAAGUUGUGAGUUGUCAGCAUGUGGAUGAUACUUAAAGCUUUCACCAAAAAGGGAAAUAGUGUAGAUGGAGAAGAGAAGCAGGUAUCAGGCCUGAGCCCUGGGGCACUCGGUAUUGAAGGAGAGGGAGAGGAGGAGGAACAAACAAAGGAGACUUGAGAAGCCAUGGACGGUGGGGUAGGAGGGAAAGCAGAGAGCAUGGCAUCCGGGAAUCCAAGGGAAGAAAUUGUUUCAGGGAGGAGGGACUGGUCAUCAGUGUCAAAUGCUUGUUAGCGUGAGACUUGCUUGUUACUUGACAUGACUGCUGCAUCUUCACUGACAGGGUCUAACAUACCCUGGCGUCCAAGACCAUCUUUGAGUCUCCUCCUUCCGUCCCUGUCCUCAUCUGCUCCUUUCCCUUCCACGUCCUUGACUUCUGAACACACAUGAUUGUUUGGGCCUUGGGUAAGUCACUUCUGUUUCAGUGUCUCUAAUUCCUCAUUUUUAAAUGGAUUACUAUGAGAAUUAAGUGAGACAGAGGUGUAAAUCACUUAGCAAGAGCCUGUUCCCCAGCCCGUGUUGGGGGUGGUUUAGUUGUUCAGUUCCCUGUCUCAUUAUUCUGGAAUCUUGUGGGUCUUCUCCAUGUCACUCCAACUCCUGCCCUUCUAAAUCUUUUUUUUUUUUUAAUUUCAGCAUAUUAUGGGGGUACAAAU